UGUAUGAUAGAUGUGGUUUAGAGAGAAAGUUUAUUACUAGUUUUUAGUGUUCGUAGGCGCAAAUUAAGAUUUAAAUUCAGUCAAAAUAUCAUAAUAAUUAAUUAUAUUCAAAAUAAAAAAGGCGUCAACGUAGUUAUACAUAUACUAUUCAAAAGCAGGAAUGUGUGACAUCUGGGGCUGUGCCUGUGUGUAGCGAGCGAUUGAAGGUAUCAUAGCAUAGAAGUAGCAACGACAGGAUGCCGAGGGGAGAACAUAGGCCUAGCGUAUUACUAAGCCGCGAGGAGAACGAACAGGUUUUCAGUCUAAUCGGACCGAAGUGCCAGAGUUUAGCGACGGCAGUAGUUCAGUUGUUUACCACUGAGGGACCAGCACAUUCAGAAUGGAAGAAAAAGGAUACUGGCAUCUUGUGCUUGGUGAAGGACAACAGCAAGCGUUCCUACUUCUUCCGCAUUUACUGCCUCUACAGAAAGGCCAUGAUAUGGGAACAUGAAGUGUACUUGCAGAUAGAAUAUAAACACCCGAGGCCUUAUUUGCAUACAUUUGAAGCUGAAGACUAUAUGACAGCUUUUAAUUUUGCCAAUGAAGAUGAAGCUAAGGUCCUCAGAAAUAUCCUCAUUGAGAAGAUUGAAUUAAGGAAGCAAAAGCGUGAAGAGCGACGGCAGCGGUCGAUGCUGGCGUCGCGCGCCAACAGCCAGCAGUCGGCGCGGCACAACGGCGUGCCGCCAGCGCCGCCCGGCCCGGCGCCCACGCCCCAGCCCGCCCCUGCGCCCGCGCCCCAGCCCGUGCCGCACCAUGUGCCCGCGCCGCACCACCAGCCCGUGCACGCACCACCUCUCAAAUCUAUAUCUUCUGGCAUGCUGAAGAAUACCAGCAAGAAACCAAAGAUGAGAAAAAUCACAAAAGCUGACAUUGGAAAUCCACAAGACUUCAAGCACAUAUCACACGUCGGGUGGGACGCUAACAAAGGUUUCGACUUGGACAACCUGCCGGAGGAGGAGAUGCGGUCGUUCUUCUCGAUGGCGGGCGUGUCGGCCUCGCAGCUGGAGGACUCCAGCACGCGCCAGUUCAUCUACGACUUCAUCAACGAGCACGGCGGCGUCGACGCCGUCAAGGAGGAGCUGCACAAACCCGACCCCGGCCCCGCACAAGGUGGUGGAGGGUACGGGCGCGGCGCGCCGGCGCCCGCCCCGGCGCCGCCCGCGCCGCCCGUGCCGCACCGCAGCCCCGCGCCUCCGCACCCGCCCCAGCCGCCUUCACGUGCGCCCCCGCCGCCGCCGGCGCGCGCCGUGCCGCCGCCGCCGCCGCCCGCCGUCUCCCGCAACCCGCCGCCGCCGAGACCCAUUCAGCCGCCGUCGAGUGGUCCACCGGCGGUGCCGCCGCCGCCGCCGCCGAUGCAGCCGCCGGCAGGCGCGCCGCCGCCUCCGCCGCCGCCCGCGCCUCCCGCGCCCCCCGCGCCGCCCGCGCCGCCUGCACCGCCUGGCCCGCCAGACGCUGCGGUGCCACUUGACGUAAGAGCCGCGCUCAUGGAAAGCAUUCGCAGUGGAAACAAGGCUUUAAAGCACGUGGAAGCCGGGUCCAAGCCGCCCGCAGAGGACAACCGGAGCAACCUGCUCAGCGAGAUCCGACAGGGAGUCGAGUUGCGAUCCGUGCAGGCGUCGCGGCCGGCGAGCAACGGUGCGGAGCCAACGGCGGGCACGGGCGGCGCCUCGGGCCUGGCCGUGGCGCUGCGCCGCGCGCUGGACGAGCGCUCGCGCGUCAUCCACUCCUCCGACUCCGACGAUAGCGAGCCCGCCACCAGCGACGACGAUUGGGAUUAACCGCACUAUGACACCGACUCGCUCUCUCCUCCCUCCUUACACACAUUUCAUAUUUAUUUUUACAUUAUACUUUUACUUCCUGAAAUUUUGGCACACAUCUAACAGUCUCUUCUUCUUCAAAGAGCUUUAAUUAAAACGUAAGAAUUCUACAGUCUACGUACAUGUUAGGCUCAGGUGGUCAAGUGGCACCUUGUUGUACAAAUACCGCGAAGUUAACCGAGUGUAGAUAAGGACCACAAAACGUCAUAACUUUGGCAUUUAAUUAAAAUCUUCUUCCUCGUGGUAAUGUACUAUAUUACAGUGUUUUCUUUUUAAGCUCCUUUUUAGUGUUCCGCCCAAAACUUUGAUCGCGGAACACUUAUUUACCAUGUAACUCUUUUGCCUAAUCUUCUUAAUAACUGACUGACAUUCACACUGGCUUUAUACCUCCCAAUUUAUUCGACUUAAUGUUAAAAUAAAAUAUGAAUAUUGUAGGCGCCACUAUACC